UUCCGAAAGAGAAGAAAACUCAGAGCAAGCAACGCAGUCGAAUCGGGGAGUGUGUUUUUUCGAACGAUUUUUUUAUAUUUAUUAUUCUACGCGAUUGUUUUGAAGAAAAAAAAUUGAUUUGCCUCCACAGAGAUUACUCGCGUGGUGGUGAUAACUCUGGAUUACACUUCGACACCCCCCCAUGCGUUUUUGAGCAAUGUAAAUAUCUUCACUCUUAAAACAUUUAAUUUUCUUUUGGAUUACACUGAAGGAAUUUGACAGAUGAUUUCUAAACAGAUGCUCACCUGAUGGACGCAAUACUCAGCAUCUGAUAUUAUACUCUUCUGAAUCCACUAACGCAACAACAGGCACCAUGAUGAGGUGUAAAAUGAUAUCUAUUAUUUUGUUCCUCCUUCUCAUGGAAGGAAUUGUCCAAUCACAAGACUUCAUGUCUGAGACGUGUCCAUCAUCAGAACAAUCAUAUUAUGCCGGUAUCGAACCCGAAGCAGAUGUUACCAUAGGUGCUGUCCUCAAACUACAUCACCCGGGUGAAGGAAUAUUCGGAUGCGGUCAAUCAUCUGCUGAUGGUGUCGAAUACUUCGAGGCUCUCAGGUGGGCUAUUGGAGCUCUCAAUCAGAAGUCUGGGGAUGUUGCUGGCCUUCCAGUUGCAGACGCAUUUAUUCCUGGAAUAAAGUUUGGUAUUCAAGCUUAUGAUUCGUGUGGUCACAAGGAAUUGGCAAUAAAGUAUAUGACCGAUUUGUUUCCAGUUAUGAAAUCCGGUCAGGAUGAGUGCAAUGAACAAAGUGAAAAUUCAACUAUCAUUGGGAUGGUCGAUAUGAGUUCCAGCCUGAAGGAUGCACGGGUUGCAGAAACCGCAGGUCGAUAUAUCAUUCCAGUUGUACCCCUAAAGCAGGAUACAUCAGUUCCCCCAGAGCAGCUGGCAAAGGUCCUUGCCGAAGUCAUCCAUGACAUGGAUUGGGAACGUGUGGCCAUACUGCACGCCAGUGACGAAUACAGCAUUUUUGUCACCAAAGUUUUCAGCCAAAUAGCCAAAUCGGGACAUCCGUGCAUUUCGGCAAUACGAUCUCUUCCGUCAUCCGACAAAAAAGAUUUCGACGUGAAGACCUAUCGUAAACUAGUGACGUCAUUCGCCGCAAGAUUGACAGAUAAAACUGGCAUCAUCGUCAUUGGCCACGAAGAAACCUUCAAAUUAGUUCUCCAAGCUCUUAAAGAAUCACCUAGUUCGGUUUCUCGUCUUCAGUGGCUUUUUUCGUGGAUGCCGCCAUUUUCUGAUCUUCAAGAAUUGGGUCAAAAUAUCAACAAAAAUCAGAUUUACUCUCUGUCACCCUUUCCGAGUCAAAUCUCUACUUUCGAAGACUACUGGCGCAGAUUGGCUGACACGACGACACUUUACGAUGAAAACGAUCGCUUCUAUAUGGAACAUGUGAUGCAGAAGAAGAACUGCAGGAUUGUAGGUUUUAGAAGUUCUGCUUUUAACAAAAUGGUGGUGUGUGAAAAUUUAGUGUUGAAAGAUACUUCUACCGACAUCCUUAUGAGAACUGCAAGGUUUCUUCCAACUCUUCAUGCUGUUUUAACUUUUGCCCACGCCUAUCGUAAGGCUUGGAGUGAGCGAUGCCACAACAUACCCGGGAUGUGCGAUGCCCUGAUGCGUAUGUCCAGGAGAGAAUUCGUCGAGACUUAUCUGGAGCCACUGGAGUUUGAACACAGUCCGGAGAACAGAAGUCCAUCGGACGUCCAGGGACAGAAAACGCACCUGGGUGCAACAGGUGAAAUGGAAGGAAUGCAGCUCGCUUUGAAUGUCUACUCGUUUUCGGACAACGAUGGUGUCCAGCUCAAGCAGGUUUUGGCUUACGAUUCCCAUGAAGCUAAGGUUUUGGACACUUCUUUCCAUUACCUCCCAUCUGUGUGUCCGAAGGGGGCUUGCAAAGAUUGCAUCAGCAUUCGCCAAUCACGAUUUGAAGAUCCAUACAUCGGCAUGGGUUCAUCCCCGGAUUCUGUGUCCGUCAGCUUGUCGGACGAGAUCUCAAUUCCCAUACUACUACCAAUCCACAAAAAAGGUGAAAAUCCUCUGAUGUGCAGCGAGGAAGUCAACCCACAAUCCAUACAAGACCUCGAAGCAGCCUUGUGGACCGUCGAUCAAAUAAACAGGGACACCGAGUUCUUACCGGACAUUCGUUUAAAUGUUGUCGCAAUUGAUACUUGUUCCACACCAGUACAGAUAACUCAAAAAUUAUCAAAUUACCUCGUAAAUGCUAAGAAGAAAGAAAUGGAGGAAGACUUGGGACCUCUCCCUACCUCUUUAGCAUUCGUUGUGGAUGGAACGUCCGAAGAAAUUAAAGCGGCAUCGUCAAUAAUAUCUCUUUUAAACGUGACUACAGUUUCCAUAAGGGAUUCUAUACCCGUGAAGGAUAUGGUCAAGCAUUUUCUUCAAGUGGCUGUACCCUUUGAGAAGAAGAUUAAAGCAACAGUCGAUACUCUGACGAACUUAGGUUGGAAGUUUAUAACUGUUAUUUACGAUCUUGAAGAACGUAGCCAUCAGAUGUUAGAAUCUUUCAAAGUUCUUGCCAAAGAGAAAGAUAUCUGCCUCUCGUCAGAACUAUCUGCUUCAGGCAUGGAUGAUUUAGAAAUGGAAGAUUUGGUAAAGAAGGUGGUCGAAGCUAAAAAGCUAGGAGCAAGGGCUGUGAUUAUGUUUACCAGCGAACGAACUACCAGAUCAUUUUUACAAGGUGUCCACCGUGCCGUCAUAGCUGGACUCAUUAGCAGAGGUGACUUAAUUAUUAUUUCAAGCGGAGAUUGGAUCGUCAAUCUGCAAUCUUUUAAAGCAUUCGAAAAUGAAGCCACUGGAGUGAUAGUUCUUAAAACUCAGCAGGGGGAAGUCGAAGAUUUUACGACGCACUAUCAAAAGCUGCAACCGGAAUCCAAUAAGAGAAACCCUUGGUUUCAAGAGCUGUGGGAUCAAAAGAAACAGUGCGUCGGAGACAAAUGCAAUUCCGUACCUAACAACAAUGCAAUCAUCGAAUAUGUCCCGUCUUCGAGUACAAUCAACAUGAUCCAAGGAUUGUUGGCGGUUUCAGCGGGUCUUGCUCGACUCAGAAAUGAACUCUGCCAUCCGGAAACAGGUCUUUGUCCUAAAAUGCUACAAACACCUGGUCUGAGAGAGCAUUUAUUUAACUAUGUUAAGGAAACGGCAUCAUCGAGAUUGGAUGCAAAGGGAGAAAUGUUUUCCUUUACGAAACAAGGUUACGGUAACCUUCCCAUUGAGAUUUUUAAUUUCAGAAGAGCUUCUGGCAAGAACUUUGUUUAUCAAAAGGUUGGUACAUAUGACUCCCACCUCAACAAAUUAGCAGAAAUCGUGGUCUACAACUCUAAUGGUCAAGAAAUAGGUGUCGACAAAAUGACAUCAGAUUGUACUGAAAAUUGUGGAAUGUGUCAGAAACGUCCCACUGAUUUUGUCAUACUCGAUUCCAAAGAUCACCUUUAUUUGGCGACAUCUGUUGACAUUCACGAACCCUCGUCCAAUCCUCUAUCAUGCAACACCACCGUUGCCACCUCCGGUCUUCAAAGUCUCGAAGCUUUCCUCUGGGCACUGGAUCAGAUCAAUAGCAGUCCACAGAUUUUACCUGGCAUCAAUCUUGGAGCAAUAAUAUUCGAUACUUGUGGCAGCAAGGAAAAAGCCGCCAGAGAUGUUGCCAACUUUUUCAGUAGUUCAUUGUCUUCCAAAGAAUUAUCCCACAAUAUUCCUGGUGUGAAGCAAAUCUUAGGUUUGAUCGCUACUCAGUCGGAUAAUGUCAUUCAACCCAUCAUAGAUGUUGCCAUGCCGUUUGGCAUGAUGACAAUCGCGCCAAAAAUAACCUCUACCAGUUUCAAUGACGAGGAAAAAUUUCCAACGCUCUUGAGGUCUUCUCUUCCGAAUAACGUUAGAGCUGGUGCAAUAGUUGACCUUCUGAAACACUUCAAAUGGGAUUAUGUGUCGGUGCUCUAUUCUGAUGUUGCUUGGAGAGAAGCUGAUUUGUUCAGUUCGUUCAAACAAAAAGCAGAAACACGUGACAUUAGUUUUGCUUUAGCUGAAAAAAUUCCAUCGACAUUUACCAAAGCAGCCAUGAAGAUACUUGUAAACAAACUCAAAGAAAAGAUGAAACAAGGUGCCAGAGUUGUUGUUCUGUUCCUGACCAACAAAGAUUCUUCUCUUUUGUUCGAUUGUGUUCGAGAAGACUUGGAUACCGGACGGUUAGAGAUUGGAGAUUUUGUGUGGGUUACCUUUGAGAACAUGGAUUCUUUUCAUGAGUUCCCACUUGCUUCCCUCGGUGCCAUCAUGAUGCAGCCGGGAUACUCUACAGUCUUCCCUUUCAAACAAUACUUCAGCAGUCUGGAUCCCAAGAACAAUUCAAGAAACCCUUGGUUCAGAGACUACUGGGAACAGGUAUUUAAAUGCCGUGGCAACAAUUGCGACGAAAAGCGUCAUACCCUGGCAGACAUCACUGUCAUGCAAGACUCCAGUGUAUCUAAAGUCAUCAAUUCCGUUUUGAGUGUGGGAAUUGGAUUGGAGACUCUACGUCAGCAGCUUUGUCCGGGAAUGGAUCGAGGACUUUGUCCGGCCAUGUCCAGCGAUCCCCAAGUGAGGAACCUUCUCUUCAACUUGACAAGGGAUGCAUCGUUUGCCGGAGCCGAUGGCAAACUCUUCAAGUUCACCAACCGCAAGUUCUACGCAAACACUCUCGACGUUUUGAAUUUCAGACAAGUUGGAAGCAAUGCUCACGCUUUCGUAAACGUUGGAACCUAUUCACCAGAUGAAGGCCUUGCACUGAACUUCAGCAAGGUUAAGACAUACAAUGAACUCGGAAAAGAAAUAAGUUUGUACAACGUGAUAUCGACUUGUUCAGAUUGCGAUAAAAAAUCGACCGACAUCUUUACGUCCACGAUGCAAAUUGUUCCAAAGCAAGACUUUUCGAUACUUAUCGCCAUGCCUGUGCACCAGAAGGGAAGCAGUUUCUUCAGCUGCGGUGAUCUGACAGAUGAAAAGAUGAUUCAUCACCUGUCUGGAAUCGCCUUUGCCGUCGACAAGAUUAACAAGAAUACCAAAAUUGUUCCUGGCGUCGAGGUUGGAGUCAUGACUUUCGACUACUGUGACAGGUCACAGAGAGGCGAAGAUCAACUGUACAGUUACUUUUCAAAAGAGAAUGAGGUCAUGCCCGACAUCAAAGUCCCUCCAAAAUCAGUUUUAGCAGCCCUCACAUUUGGUAGCGAAAUAUCGAGGGAAUCUUCUCCCAUAUUUGAUUCCUUGAAGAUCAUGCAAAUUGCCAUUCCAGUGGACAGGAUGGAAACCAACGAAUACAACGAUCUUCUGUACACAGCGCCCUCUAUAAUGUCUCAAAUACAAGCUCUCAUUGGACUCAUCCGAAAAUUCAGGUGGAAAUACGUGAAUGUAGUUUACAGUAAUACGGACUUCGGUCGCUCUGGAUAUUACAAAUUUUCGAAGGAGGCUAAAAAACAGGGAAUUUGUUUAGGGAACGUUGUUAUAGUUGAGCCAGACAGUAACAAGGAAUCUCUGCUAACAAAUAUCCAAAAUGGCCUCAGCAGAGAUGCUAAGAUUGUCGUGUCUUUAGUGGACAACGACCAAGUCGUUCAGAAUAUGAUCGAAGCUAUAAAAAUCAGUUAUGUCUUAUCCAACUAUAUCUGGAUCGGCACGGAAACGUGGGGUAACAAUCCCUAUGCCAUGGAGAACUUGAAAGGAGCCAGUUUCGACGCUUUGACGUUGAAAAUGGAAAGUUAUGACAUGCCAGAAUAUAAGCAAUUCUACGAAAAGCUAACUUUGUGGAAUCAUGCUCCCAUUCCAGAUUCUUGGUUUGAAGAAUUCUGGCAACGUCGCUUCCAAUGCCAGCUUCCAAAUAGUGUAGUCCACCAAAAACAAUAUACUCCGGUAUGUACGGGUAAAGAAAAACUGUCUUCCACUGACUUUACACAUAGUGAGCAUAUUUACCAAACGGUUAAAAUCAUAGAAUCGAUUGCGGAAGGAUUGCACAAUUACCUCAACAAGGAUUGCCCUUACGGGAUGGCGGCCAUGAAUAUUGACGACUGUGGUGCAGGGUCCAGGAAGAGUCUCCAGAAAGAAAUCCAAAUCAUUCUUCAUGGUGCUUAUAUUGAAUGUGAAGAAUGCACUUCCUCUUCUACAAUCUUUGGAUAUGAGGUAUUGCAGCAUUCAACAACGGAAAACUCUACAUUUUUGAAUAUUCAGAUCGGGAGCUGGAAAGAUGGUAUACUGUACAUCGAUGACUCGAAAGUAUCCUUCACCGGCAAUGAAAUUCCCAUCUCUGACUGCAAAGAAGACUGCAACGCGUGCGAGGAUCAGCUUGGAACAGCUGAGACACUUCUGGCAUCCGAAACACCCAUCUAUGCCAACUUCCAGACUGUGUGGGGCAUCAUCGUGACUGCACUCUCCAUCCUCGGCAUACUUCUAGUCAUCAUCUGUGCCCUCUACUUCCUCAUGUCUUUCCCUGUCACGGUGGGAACGACGGUUCUAGGGUAUAUGAUAUUGUUCGGACUCCUUCUUCUGUACGCUGUCAACUUUGCAUUCAUUCUCUCACCCACUGAAGGCACUUGUGGCAUCAGAAGAUUCGGCCUGGGGUUGGCCUAUGCUGUCAUCUUUUCGGGUAUGUUGGUGAAAGUGAUGAACACUUGGAGACUCAUGGGAUACAAUGGCAGCCGGAUACUCAGUGACGGAACCAGGCUGUCCAGUCCAGCAGGACUCCUCAUUAUAGCAGUUGGACUAGUUAUCAUUCAGGUUGUUUUAUCGUCUGCUUGGCUCAUCUUAAUGCCGCCCAAAACAGGAGCCUACGAACAAGUCUGGAGAUGCGCUCCUCCCACCACUUUCGAAGAAGGUUUGGUCGUCUCCCUCAUUUACGUCAUGCUCCUUCUUGCCAUCACGACACUCUUUGCCCUACUCACAUGGCAGUGCCAGGACAACAAUCGAGAGUCUCGUUGGAUACUGGCUUGCGCAAUCCUGGUGGCCAUUGUGUGGCUCGCCUGGACCAUCCUGUCCACUCAGCUCUCUCCCCACUACAGGGACACGACAAUCGCUGCUGCUAACUUGGUCAAUUCUACAAUCAUCAUGAUGUUCUUGUAUCUGAGGAAGGCCUACCUGUACAGCAAGCUCACUAGGCAAGCCAGGGAUCAGGACAUGAAGGCACACCUUCAGCCCAGCUCUUACAGCCAUUCCAUAUAUGGCUCCUCGCAGAAGACAUUCUCCACUUUGGCACCAGUCCUCUAUGGUUCACAAGCUUCUCUGACAACCAAGAAACUGUACAACGUUCCAUCUUCCAGAGUGGAACUCAUCAACUGUCCGGAAGAUAACAAAAGUGAUAGUUCGGGUUCGGUUCAAGUGCAAGCGACCGAUCUCUAUCCCUUGGACAUGUAUGACGGGGGUAGUCAAUUCCAACCGGUGACAUCUCUCUACGGAAGCAAUCACACCCUCGUUCUAGAUGACACCUUACCCUUUGGAAGAUAACAACAUUAACGGGAAGCCAAAUGAGUGCAAUACUGGAAGUGCAUGAUAAUCUCUCUUCAAAUGAGAUUAGAGAAUGAUUAUGAUGACUGACAAAUCAUAAAAACCUGCAAACAAAAUCCUCUCCAUAAAUUCCAACAUUAUUAUUGCCAAUCAGACUUCAGAAAAAGUCCAAUUUCUUUGAUACUUGUAAACUCUUGGUGAAAAUUCCAAUUGCAUUUAAUUGGUGUUUGAGUAACGAAGAAAGUUAUACGAUUAUUGCUGCAAUCAAAGUAAUUUAGUAAUGUAUAUGGAAAAAAAAGUAUUUUCUUCCUUGCUGUAAACACAGAUAUGUGCUAUAUUACGUAUUUUGAUUCUUAGAGAUGUGCCAGCUUAUUCUACCACAAUUUUACUACCGGGAUUAAAGAGUUAAGCUCCUGAUUUUAACCCAUCUGAAAAAGUUAAGUAAAUGUUCCUGCAUUUGGCCAGAUUAUAAAUAUAAUAAGGAGAUUUCGUAAACUUACAUUAACUCCAGUACGUAUGAUUUUAAGUAAUAGCACAUGUUUAUCCUUAGUGCGCAUGCGUCAAUUCUGGUGAAAUGAACAUGCACCCAUGAAAAAAUAUCAAAUUUACGUAAGUGAAAAUAAGAGAAUAAAAAUCCGUAAGUUAAAAACCACUAACGUAGUGGAAUGUCGUUUUAACUUUGACUAAAAAAAAUCAAAACAAACAUUUACAAUGGGCAUACAUUACAAAACAAACAUUACGAUGGACUCUUCGUUCAACUAAUUGAUAUAAUAUCACUUGAUUCCUUUCUAAAUUUCAUCAAUAUAUUUCUACAAAUUUGCAUUCCAUGUCCAUGUCUUAAGUUAUAAGGUAGGAUUAAGCAGAAAACGACAUUUAACAGUUAUUAACAGCUUGCCUGUAGCGUUAAUUACGCCAACGUAAUUAUCUAAACGUAAUCUAAACGUUACGUAUCAACGUAGUAUCUAAAGUAAGCACGAGUACGUGCGCAGUUGCUUCAAAUCUUGCGUAGGGAUCGUACAGAAGCUAACGUAAAAGUGCAAAAUCUCCCUAAUUGUUGCAGAGUACCCGGAACCAGUUAGUUCAGUUUUUCGGGGUACCUGGUACCCGAAUUCAGCAAAUGUCAAUGAAGCGGUACAUCUCUAAUGGAUCUGUAAACACUUAUAAUGUUAGUGAUUGUAUGUAAUGGUUUUAUGGUUAUUUAUUAUGUUAAUGAUUGUAUAACCACAUUUAUAAUGGUUCUAUAAUCAUUCAUGAUGAUUGUAUAACCAACCAGAUGAGAUUUCUGGAAUGUUUAGAGGAAGGUCGUUUGCUAUUUCAUUCCAGGUGCAAUAUUUACAAAAUUUUAUAGUAAAACAUGAUUCUUAUCAUCCGGUAUCACGAUUCUCUAAAAAACAAUUUCCUCAAAAUAUAUUUAUUUUGGUUGCAAACAAGCAUUUUUUAUUCCUCUUACUAUUGCCCAAUGAAGGUUCUGUUUAGUUACUACUAUUAUAAAAAUAUGCAGUGUCCUGAAACAGCAUGAAUUUUUCUGCUCUAACAAGAAUAAACGAAAAACCAACAUUAUUAUUGUUUGCAUAGAGAUUAGGCUUUCGUCAUACUUCAGUAGUUCGAUCUACGGAUUAUCUAUCAUACUGGAAAAUACCUGUUAUGGCUCCGUAAAUCCCAGCUUUGCAGUUUUCCGCAUUGUGUCCAAAGUAAUUAAAUUUUUAUUUCUACCUCAGAACUUCAUUUCUUGCUGUUUUUCGUUUUUAUGUGAAAUUGUUUGGCUUAAAAUGUGUAAAUAGGAGUUAUAUUCGUGAUUCUGUUACUAAAUGAAAUACCGUUAACCAGUCCAACGUUGUCUUCAUUUUAAAUUCGAAACUUGGGUGGCGUAAUAAGUUCUGGAUUAAAACAAUAGAGAACACAAUUGCUUCGUAGCUGGAGAAACCAUUCUCCCCUUUAAUGCUUGGUUGAGAGUUAUUGUCCCCAUAUUGAGGAGACAAGUACUUUUUCGAUUUCAUACCAAACGAAACCAUAUACUAGUGUGUUUCUUGAACUUUUCUAGGGGAUAGAAACUCUUUUUUGCAAUUUUUUAAAUGACGACCUGCGCAGAAUAUGCGUCGCGAGGUUACGUAAUUCUACCACUCUCAACAUUUCCCCCCUGUCUGUUAACUAGGAAACGAAAAUCUUGCUUACCUUCUACGCCAGUACGUUUUAGUAAAAAGCUAGAAUAUACUGACGUAGGUAUCCAAAAGAAGAUUUGUGGAUACCAUGGAAACGGAAAGGGAAAAGUAUGAAAAUCGCCUAUUAUUUUUACGACGAUUGUUGGGCAAUAGAGAACCGAGUUGAGGAAAUAGUUGUCAUUUUUAUUGUUUCAAAUAAUCUAUUAAGUGUUAAGAGCCAUUAUCUCCGUAAUUAGGAGACAAUAGUUUUAGUAGAAGAAUGACUAUAACUUUGGUACAGAACUGUUGUCUUCCGAUUGAGGAGACAAUUCCUAUUUAUAUUGUUUGUGAAACUUGUCUAGACCAAAUAAAUAUGUUUCAAAAUGUUAGAUCCAGAUAAGGCCAGAUAUCAAAGAUAUGCCUGUUAACGACGAUCCUCACAUUGAGAACGUUAAUUUUUUAAACUCAUUUUAUGACAUCCCUGAUUGUUUGGAAAAAAUAACACAUUUAACUCUUUAUUAAUAUUUUUAUUUCAUGAACAGAAACCAUUCUUCCUUCUAUUUUCGUCACCGAAUAGAAUUUAAAUUAAAACAAAAAAUUAAAGCACAAACUAGAAUUGUAAAUUUAGAUAAUGUAAUAAAAACUUGUAUGAGAGGAAAGGUAAAAAUGCACAUUGAUUCUAACAGUAUUAUUCUUAAGCAUUCUGCUGAGUAGAGAGGAUAAAAUGUAGAACACAUGUUUUUAGUUUUUCAAUUUGAAUGUUUCUAUGUGGUUUAUUAUUAUUUUUUUAUAACUCUUUUAUUAAGCGAACAAAUGUUUUAAUGAUUUGUAUCAUUCCAUUUUUUCAUAUUAUUCCGAUUUUUGAUCGGAUGUACAAUCGAAUCUCUGUCAGAUGAAAUUUGCUCUUUAUCAGAAUCACGUAUCCAUUAAAACAGAGUUAAUUGAACAUCAAAAUUUAAUUUUAUUCAGAUUUUCCUCUAUUUGAGCUAUGGGAAUUUUUCUUCUUCUUCUUCUAACUAAAAUGAAGAUUUUUACCUCGAAAUUUAUUCUUAAUCAGAAUUUUUCCCCUUGAGCUUCAUGAUUUUUUUUUCGCGAACUAAACAGACGAAACUAUUUCUCUUAAUCAGGUUUUAUUCCGAUGAGCAUCACAAUUUUUUUCUUAUAAUUAAAAGAAAAUUAAUUAUCUCGAAUUUUUUUCUUAAUCGGAUAUUUCUAUCAAUGAGAUUGACUGUUUUUUUCCCUGCUAACUGAAAUGAAGUUAAAUACCUCAGAAUUUCCUCCGAAUUUGAUUUCUUUCGCGGUAGUGAGUUUUUUUUCUGAAUUAUAUCACAAUUUUCUCCUGAUAAGAUUUUUUUUUCCUCUCCGUUAACUUUAAUGAAGUAAAUUGAUUUUUCAAUUUUCUCUUAAUUCGAUUUUUUUUCCAAUUAAUGAAAUGAAAUACAUUGACUUCGCCAUUUUCUCUCAUUUUAAAUAGAGUACAUUAAGCUAUCAGUUUUCUCUUAAUCUGACUUUUUUCUUUAUAAUAAAUUGGAAGACAAAUUCUCUAAAAUAAAAUGUUUUUGAUUUCAACAGAUUUUUAAAAUUUUAUACAAUUUCAUAAGGGAAUUUGGUCUAAAGUUUAAAGAGUUCUCAUGACAGUUUCGAUUGAGCUUCAAGGUGCCAAAAUUAUCAGUUGAAAACUUGAUAAAAUCUGUACUUACUAAGACUAUUUCAUGCAUCAUGCAAAUAAUAAAAUCCAAUUAAAUUGAUUUUUUUAAAGUACAAAUUUCAUACUUUAACUUCUUUCUAUUAUCUAAUUUCAUACUUUAACUUCUUUUUAUUAUCUUUUUUUAUGUCUAGAAAAACUGAGUAAAUUUCAAAAGACAGAGAUUCGAAAGUAUUCUAUAAAAAGUUUAUUCCAGUAUUAUCAUCUUUGAUACUGAUAUAUAAAAUGCAUACUACACGUCCUAAUUAACUAAAAAGGAAAUACAGAUUUUAAACGUCCAAUUGUAGGUGAAAUUAGAAUUGUUUACUAGGCAAUGACCUCUUGGCACCCCCAUUCCACUAUCACAAAAUAUUGAACAGCAUCUUAUUACAGUGAACAAUAUUUGAAAUAUUGUUUAACAUUUAGGAGAAUAUUGUAUAUAAUCGUUCGCACUGUUAUGAAACUGAGAAAUCGUCGUCAUAAAAAUUGAUCUUGUUGUUCGUUCAAUAUUAAAAUUAUUUGAAUUGAUUUAAAAUGUUAAGUUUUAAAAUCUGAAAAAUUGAUCUUGUUGUUUGUGUGUUUUCAGUUUACCAUAGAAAUAUAAAUAUUCUAAAUUCGUUGGAUUAAUUUAAAAUGUUGAGUUUUACAAAUAAAUAUUUUGUUGAGUGGUGAAACAAUGUUUACCAUAUAUUAUGCAAAUGUUCCGAUAAAG